AUAAACCUCACAAUCCAUCACCACUCAGUGCUUCAUGAGCCACUGUUACAGUAGUGAGUGGUGACCUCAACAACACCCAAACACAAGAACAUCUUUCAACUGUCAUUCUCCCAUGAAUCCUGCUACUGAUUUCUUCUUAAACCCAGUUUUCUUACAUGGGUGUGUUGCUUCUAUACAGUUUGUGUUCUUGUUCUUCAUAUUUGUCUCCUGGGCUUCCAAAAGAUUCAAGAUUGAUCGAACUUUGGUUCCGAAACAGAGUCAUGGGUGUUUGUUCUACAAACAAACUCUCUGUUGCUCUCUUGUUCUUUCACUCUUCAAUCUUGUGUUGUGUUUCUUGAACACUUUUUAUUGGUAUAGAAACGGCUGGACUGAUGAAAAGAUUGUGACCCUUUUGCAUGCUGCUCUUGGAGCACUUGUUUGGUUGUUUGUUUCGGUUUACUUACACACACUUGUUUCAAAUUCGUCGACAGAAUCUAGGAAAUACCCUUUUGUUUUAAGGUUUUGGUGGGUGUUUUUCUUUUUAGUUUCUUGUUACUCCCUUGUGGCAGACUAUGUUUACUACAAAAGAACCCAUGAUUCAGUUUCUAUGUUCUUCGUCUCUGAUUCGGUGUCUAGUUUCAUGGGUUUGUUUCUUUGUUUUGUGGGGUUGUCCUACAAAACAGAGGAAGAGUCUCAAAAUCAUAGUAUUGAAGAACCCCUUUUGAAUUCUGGUGUCUCUAGAGGUGAACUUGCAUCAACUUACGAAAAUGCAAGUUUCUUUAGCCGGUUGACAUUUUCUUGGAUGAAUUCUGUGAUUGCAAAAGGCAACAAAAAGACAUUAGAUCUUGAAGAUGUUCCUCUGCUUGCAAAUAUUGAUAGUGUGAAAGAAGUGUUUCCUGUUUUGUUAGAUAAAGUAGAGUCUUUAAGCAAUGGCGGUAAUCAAAUCACUGCAUUUGGUCUAGCGAAAGGCUUGUUAUACAUCGUGUGGAAAGAGGUCGUGAUCACAGGAUUGCUUGCUUUAACAUAUGCGUUGUCCAGUUUUGUUGGUCCUUACCUCAUAGACUCGUUGGUUCAAUAUCUGAAUGGACACCGAGAUUAUGAAAACCAAGGUUUUGUUUUGGUGGCUGCAUUCUUUGUUUCAAAGAUUAUUGGCUGUUUGGCGCAACGGCAUUGGUGGUUCAAGCUCCAACAGGCCGGAAUUAGAGUCAGGUCCGCCAUGGUUAGCGUGAUUUUCCAAAAGGGCUUGACCAUUUCUGGUCAGUCGAAGCAAGGGAACUCAAGUGGCGAAAUCAUAAACUUCAUGGCAGUUGAUGCUGAAAGGAUAGGUUACUUCGGUUGGCAUAUGCAUGAUUAUUGGCUAGUACUCGUCCAAGUAGCGGUUGGAUUAGCACUUUUAUAUAAGAAUUUAGGGUUAGCCGCGGUUGCUUCAUUAAUCGCUACAGUUUGUGUGUUGUUGGCCAACCUUCCACUCGGGAACAUACAAGAAAAGCUUCAAGAUGACUUGAUGAAAUCUAAAGAUAAAAGGAUGAAAUCAACAUCUGAAAUCUUGAAAAACAUGAGGAUUCUUAAACUUCAAGGUUGGGAAAUGAAGUUCUUGUCAAAAAUCAUCAAGCUUCGCGGCGAAGAAGAAGGUGCAUUGAAGAAGUAUAUGUAUACAUUGUCCUUGAAUUCUUUCUUGUUCUGGGGUGCUCCAACUGUUGUAGCCGGGAUCACUUUCGCAACAUGUUUGUUAGUUGGCAUCCCACUUGAAUCAGGAAAGGUACUUUCUACACUUGCAACGUUUAAAAUACUUGAAGAGCCGAUUUACAAUCUUCCGGAUUCGAUUUCGAUAUUUUUUCAAACUAAAGUCUCGCUUGAUCGCAUUGCCACCUUCCUCCGUACCAAGGACAUAGAUUCUAAUGCUAUAACUAAAGUUCCACAAGGCAGUUCUAGCACAGCUGUUGAGAUUAUUAAUGGGUGUUUUUCAUGGGAUUUAGCUCCAUCUUCUAACCCAACUUUGAAAGAUAUAAAUAUUAGAGUGAAUCAAGGUAUGCGAGUUGCUGUUUGUGGGACUGUUGGAUCGGGGAAGUCGAGCUUACUUUCUUGUAUCUUGGGGGAGGUUUCGAAGAUAUCAGGAAGCGUAAAAGUAGAAGGAUCAAAGGCGUAUGUAGCUCAAUCUCCAUGGAUACAAAGUGGAAUGAUUGAAGAUAAUAUCUUGUUUGGCAGGGAGAUGGAUAGAGAGAGGUUUGAGAAGGUUCUAGAAGCAUGUUCUUUGAAGAAAGACCUUGAAGUUCUUUCCUUUGGUGAUCAAACGGUUAUCGGCGAACGAGGGAUCAAUUUGAGCGGAGGUCAGAAGCAGAGGAUACAAAUCGCACGGGCACUUUAUCAAGAUGCUGAUAUUUAUCUUUUUGAUGAUCCAUUUAGCGCAGUUGAUGCUCAUACAGGAAGUCAUCUUUUUAAGGAAUGCAUCUUGCGGUUUCUGGAGUCGAAGACAGUGAUUUACAUCACACAUCAAGUAGAGUUUUUACCUGCUGCAGAUCUCAUCCUGGUUUUGAGAGAUGGAAGGAUUACACAAGCUGGAAAGUACGACGACAUUCUAAAUUCAGGAGGCGACUUUAUGGGUCUUGUAGGCGCACACAAAGAAGCGUUAUCAUCCAUUGAUUCCAUAAAAACAAGUGUUCAACAACAAGCAAAUAGUUCCAAGAACACAGACGAUAGUCAAAACGCUGAAGCAAAUGGUAUCCCGGGCCCAAAAGCACAGCUUGUUCAAGAAGAAGAACGCAAAAAAGGAAAAGUGGGUUUCUCAGUCUACUGGAAAUACGUAACAACAGCUUACGGAGGCGCACUAGUACCAUUUAUAAUAUUGGCACAAGUUCUCUUCCAAGCGCUAGAGAUCGGAAGCAAUUACUGGAUGGCUUGGGCAUCUUCAAGGUCACCAAGUGAUCCAGCACCGGUUACAGGCUCAACCCUGAUUAUUGUUUAUGCAGGUUUAGCAGUUGGAUGUGCGUUAUGCAUACUUGCAAGAGGCUUGCUUCUUGCAACCGCUGCGUAUAAGGCAGCCACUCAUCUCUUCCACAAAAUGCACUUCGCCAUUUUCCGGUCACCCAUGUCUUUCUUUGACUCUACUCCAAGCGGACGAAUUCUAAAUAGAGCAUCUACAGACCAAAGUGCGGUGGACAUGAGUGUUCCUUACCAAAUUGGAUCAUUUGUAUUCGCUGUCAUACAACUUCUUGGCAUCAUUGCAGUUAUGUCACAGGCUGCUUGGCAGGCGAUCAUUAUAGUUAUUCCGAUUGCAGGAAUGUGCAUCUGGUUACAGCAGUAUUACUUGCCUUCAGCACGAGAAAUGGCACGGAUAGCUGGAGUUUGUAAAGGUCCAGUGGUACAGAAUUUUUCUGAAACAAUAUCAGGGGCAACGACCAUUAGAAGCUUUGAUCAACAAGCCAGAUUUCAGAAUAUUAAUCUGAAAUUAAAUGACGAUUUUUCAAGGCCAAAGUUUUACCUUGCUGCAGCUAGGGAGUGGUUAGCAUUUCAUUUGGAUAUGCUCUCUUGUUUUACGUUUGCUGCGUUUUUAACUUUCUUGGUUUCUAUCCCCGAGGGAACUAUUGAUCCAAGUAUCGCGGGAGUGGCUGCUACUUACGGGCUUACUUUGAGCAGUUUACAAGGAUGGAUAGUAUGGAAUCUUACUGACCUCGAAAACAAGAUUAUUUCGGUUGAAAGAAUAUUUCAGUACUCUUCUAUCCCAAGUGAACCUCCUCUUGUUAUAGAAUCAAAUAGGCCUUAUGAUCAAUGGCCAUCACAAGGAGAAGUUGAUAUACGUCAUCUGCAGGUUCGGUAUGCACCACAUAUGCCACUUGUGUUGAGGGGCCUUACAUGCACUUUCAGUGGGGGAAAGAAAACUGGGAUUGUUGGAAGAACGGGAAGUGGGAAGUCGACUUUGAUACAAACACUCUUUCGCCUUGUGGAGCCAGCAGCUGGACAGAUUCUGAUAGAUGGGAUCAACAUAUCCACAAUCGGACUUCAUGAUCUUCGUUCAAGAUUGAGCAUAAUUCCUCAAGAUCCUACCAUGUUUGAAGGAACUAUCCGAAGCAACUUGGAUCCCCUUGAAGAGUAUACAGACGACAAGAUUUGGGAGGCCCUCGAUAAGUGCCAACUUGGAGACGAAGUGAGGAGUAAGGAAGGAAAGCUUGAUUCACCAGUUAGUGAGAAUGGAGAGAACUGGAGUGUGGGUCAAAGACAGCUGGUGUGUCUCGGGCGCGUGCUACUCAAGAAAACCAAAGUCUUAGUACUUGAUGAAGCUACUGCUUCAGUAGACACUGCAACGGAUGGCAUGAUUCAACAAACACUCGGGAAACACUUCAUCGACUCUACUGUGAUAAUGAUUGCACAUCGAAUCACUUCUGUGCUCGAUAGUGACAUGGUUUUGGUUCUAGAACAAGGUCUGGUUGAUGAAUACGACUCUCCAAAGAAAUUGCUAGAAGAUGAUUCAUCUUCAUUUGCAAAGCUUGUUGCCGAGUAUAGUAUGAGAUCCAAUUCCAGUAUUAAAAGUUAAUAUACAUGUUUGAUUUGUGGUAAUAAAAACACGCACGUUUCUUAUUAUAUUAUAGAGUAAAUUGCUUUUAA